AUGUGACAUCAUGCUACGGAAGUUUAGCCGUGUUUGUGAGCAGAGGCGUGCGGCCCUAGCUUCCCUGUCACCGGCGUGAGAGAGAGAAUAGAUCAUAUUUCAAAAAAGCCUGUCCUUGUUGUACGACAACUUCCAUUGUAUGUAAUUCAUUAUCGCUUUUGACUGAUUGCGGUCAAACAUGGGAGCAAACAGUAGUACACGCCGUGUUUCAUUCGAGUCGGAUGAGAAUGACAACAUCACAGUUGUGAAGGGCAUACGGCUCUCCGAGAAUGUCAUCAACCGCAUGCGAGAGCCCCAGGCCCCAGUGAUGACCCCCACCCCUCCACGGACCCCCUCCCCUCCCCUUGUAGCCGACCCCACCCCUUUCCUCCUCCCCAUCUCUCCCCCUUUUGACCCCAUCACCUCAUUGCCACCCUUUCCAGCACCCAUAGAGCCCAUUGCUCCACCUCCACUCUCUGCCCCUGAGCCAGUGGCUCCCCCUUCACCCUCCAUGAUGGAACAGCCCCCAGUGGAACCAGUUGCACCCCCUCCUCCUGCCCCAGAGCCAGUAGCAGUUGUUGCCCCCCCUCCACCUCCUCCUGCCCCAGUGGAGCCAGUUGCCCCCGCUCCUCCUGCCCCAGAGCCAGAAGCAGUGGCUGCCCCACCACCACCACCACCUUCAGUAGCACCAUCUGGUGACGAGGAGGAGCUGAGGAGGAGGAUCACACAGGAGCUGCAGCAGGGUCUGGAGGAGGAGCGCGGCAGAGCAGAGCAGGAGCUGCAGGCCUGGCUGCAGCAGGAACAGAGCCAGGCCCAGGCGCUGGCCCAGGCGGAGGCUCAGGCUCAGGUCCCUGACGAGGUGUCUCGUCUCCUGGCCGUGGAGCGGGCCGGAGCCCAGCAGAGCCUCCAGCAGGCCGUCCUCAGAGAGAGGCUCUCCACCGAGGACGAGAGAGUCCGCGCCCAGCUCUACGAGAUUGGACGGAAGGCCAGGCAGCUGGAGACCAGAGAUGCAGAGCUGAAAAAACAAGAAGCGUUCUACAGAGAGCAGGUGGCCAAGCUGGAGGAGAGGAGUGCUCAGUUCUACAAGGUCACCACAGAGAACUACCACAAGGCUGCUGACCAAGUCAACACCAAGUUCAAGCGCUAUGAGACCAGUCCAGUGUGUGUUGACCUGCAGGGCCAGAUCCUGAAGUGCUACAGAGAGAACACAGGAAGGACGCUGCAUUGCUCCAACAUCGCCGCCCUCUACCUGCAGUGUGUCAACAACGCUAAACAGAGUGGGGACUAUGUGCAUGCUCCAUCAUGGGCGACCGACAUAACAAGCUGAGGACCGGGGGUUAAGACGCCCCUUGCUGGAGUUAGUGAGAGGGAGCCAUGGCGUGUAUAGUGUGGCAUUACCGUUAACCGACUGGCUGUCGACCGUUUAUCGAAUGUAGAGAAGUCAGCACCACGAGACUCACCGUCAAACCUGAGGAGAACCAGAACCAGAACCUGACCAGCGACCACCAGAACCCUGCCCCCCCCGAGAGAACCAGAGAGAUGGACACCUCUUGUACAACCCCACCACCCUGUCCUACCUUCUACUGUCCUGUCUCCUCUACACCACCCCCAACCUAACCCCAGCCCCCCCACCCCCCCCGCCUGUGUCUCUCCCACCCAGACCAGGGGUCCACAGGAGCUCAGAGAUGCAGCUCCAACACCGGACUGGCGGCCAUUUUGAAGAUACCAAGUCAGGGAAGAGAUGGGGGGGAGAGCUGGUCUGAGCCGGGUCCAGCACAGCGCCAGAUCCAAGUCCGUCCCAGCCACCAAAACGGACCGAACCACUACCACCGUACCCACUCACCCCCGCCGCAAGCUUCCACUUGGACUAGUCCACCCACUUCACAACAAACAAACACCUCUAUGAAAAUAAAGUCUAUCCACAACCCAUGCACAUCCAUGCCACUCUGCUUAUCAGGCUAUGACCCCACCCUAUUGCACUUUCCCACACACACUCUCUAGAUCUCUGUGUCUGAAAGCGUGUGUGUGUUCUGUUGAUAUUGUAUCUGCUUGUUGUGUUUCCAUCCCCCCCCAUCAGUCGCACCCCUUCUGAUAACGUCUGAUCAGAGAAAAUAAAGAAAUCAGGCCAGUA